AAAGACGUCAAAGACCAAAUUGUUAAGGAGUAAAGAAACCAGUCAGAACUUCAAUUGAUUUUUAAAAACUGGUUCUCUAUGGAGAUUAAAGAAUUCAUUGAAACAGGAAAUAGUCAAUAUUUCCGGUAAUUUUAAGAUGCAGAAUCAAAAUCCUUCGUUUUUCAAGAUCCUAAUAGGCGAUUUUGCCUAUGCUCUGCGUUUACCGCCGCUCUUUGUGGAGAUGUAUGGGGAAAAGCUGUCGCUGACGCUGUCACUCGAAGUGAACGCCGCCGCCGCGUUGGAGAAAAAAUGGGCCGUGAAGCUUGAGAAGAACGGCGAGCAUUCCCUGUUUGGGGAAGGAUGGGGUGCAUUUGUGAGGGAUAACGAUUUGGCGGCGGGGGAUUUCGCAGUAUUCUGGCUGAUGGAUAACUACUCUACUUUCCAUGUUCGACUCUAUGACUGCACUUGCUGCGAAAAACAACUAUCCUCCCGAUUCUCCCCUGCAGGUGGAAGAUCAACUAAUCUUGAUUGCAAUGUAAGGGAGAAGAGAGGAGAGGAGACAGAUGAAUCUACUAAGUCAGUUUCCCUUCCAACCCGCGAUAAGAAAAUGACUAUAACAAGGACUUGUGACAGUGGACUGCUGCAGAAGUUAGAAAAGCUUCGUGUGAAUUGCUAUUGCAAUUUGAGUGAAGUAGCUAAGCGAAUAAAGGUCCAACUCAAUCAACAAGAAAUAGAACAAUUCAGAGACACCGUUUUCGGAUGGGUUCUAGACAUAGAACACAUGCCAAGAAUAAGUGGGCAAUUAAGCAUAGCCUUUGUAGCGAAUUACAUCAAGGAGUUUAAUGGGACAACUGAAAAAACUAUAAUAAGGUUUCACAUAGGGAAUAGGGUGAUAGGUUUUACAAAGGAUGAUUUAGCAAUAGUGACUGGCUUGAAGAUAAGAGGAAAAUUCCCUAAUAUUCUUGAUGUCCCAAGAGGGGAUUUGUGCCGAAGAUACUUUGGUAGUAAGAAAAUAAUACUUAGACAAGAUAUUAUUCAAGCAAUGGAGGAGUACAAUUCUAAAUAUCCUGGGACACAAAAAGAAGAUGGCAUUAAACUAGCACUGUUGUAUGUGCUAGCACAUGGUUUCCUAGGAAAUCAGUACUCACAUCGUUUACCGGGAAAAUAUAUGAACUUAGUAGAAGAUCUAGAUGCUUUCAAUUCUUACCCUUGGGGAGAGGAUGUUUGGGAUGACCUUGUGUCCAAUAUGAAAAACAAUGCGCAAGCAUUGAAAAUAUGCACAGGAAAUAGGGUUGCUUUCCCAGGUUGUAUGCAUGCAAUACAAAUUUGGGCUUUUGAAACAUUUCCAAGUUUGGCUAGUGCAGGAUUGUGCAAUAAAAUAGAAGGGAAAGAAGAUCAAAUACCCCGGACUCUAAGAUGGUCUUUUUUCAAAAAGCCAUCAUUAGAAAAGUUGUGUGAGCUCAUCUUCAAUAAUACCGAGUUUGAGUGGAUAACAAUGGUUCCAAGCCUAGAGGAGAUAAAAUGCAUAGAAGGGCUUCAGGGGUGCGAAGGCAAUGAAGCAUUCCAGGACUUAAGAAUUGAUGCAGAUAGAGCACAAACAAAACAAAACAAAAAGAAUGCAGAAAAACAAAAAGGAAAGAAGAAAGAAACAGAAAGUGUGUUAGAUGGCAGAGGCAACAGAAAAAGUGCAAGGAAUAAGAAGUGUGAAAGCAAAAAGGAGAAAGGAGAGUGUAUUAAGCGAGUAUUGAGGAAAGAGGGGGGAAAUGUGAAUGAUAGUGAAGAUUCCAGUUCCCAUGAAAGUGAAGAUACGGCAAGGGCAGGAAAAAACAUAGUGAUCAAGGCACCGAAACACUCCAAAGACAUCGCCAAAAUACUUGGAGAGGUAAAAGAAAUACAAAAAAGGCAAAACAAACAGGAUACAGUUUUAAAAAAGAUUCUAUCUCUUGUAAAGGAAAUAUCAAACAAGAAAGAAGGAAGCGGAUCACGUUAAAGAGAAAGAGCAAGGAGGAGAAGCUAGCCAUGAUAUAGGUUUGAUGAAAGAUGGAAAGGAUAUGGAGCACGAAACGAUGAAAGAUAUGAAUGAUGAGAUGCAUCAUAUUUGUCAGAAUUGUGAUCAUCUGGACACGGCUAAAACUGUAGAAAAGGAAGUAAAAAUAGACAGAUGAAAGAGGAAGCCAAUGACUAGGAAGAAGAGAUACAAAUGAAUAAUGUUUUGGUAAUUAUAAAUGAUUUAGUUUAAAAUUUAUUUUAUUAUUCUUUUAUGGGUGUGACAUGUUUAUUUUUUGUGUUUUAAACGCGUACCGUUUUUUUGAACCAAAAAUGUGUUCAAAACGAAAAUAAUGUCGGUCCGUUUAGAAAGGAAAAAAACUCGUACUUCUCGUAUAUAACGUAUUUUUCCCGUAUUUUACAAAAAAUAGAAACAUGAACUAUCUAUUGAAUGAAUGCAUUAAAUGCAUAGGAGAUCAACAAUAGCUUAAAUGCAAAAAGGAAAACCUCUUCACCUUGAUCUUUUGUUUUUGUAUUGUUACAAUCUAAUUAUUAAAUGCUAAAAUCAUUUGCAUGGCAGCUAAAGCUAGCAUCCUAAAAGAUUAAAACUUGAAAUACUACUAGAAUUCUGAUGUUUUGACAAACAAGCAUAUCAAAGUUAAAGUUUUCUAAACCUGACAUUUUUUUUGCAUAAAAUUUUACACCUAAACAAUAAAAAGCGUAACAGUCGCACACCUUUUCUCAUAUGUCAUUUGUCAUCUUAAUGAAAAUGAUGAUUUUAACUUGAGUGUUAUUUGAUGAUCAUAUAAAGAUAAUGAUUUUAACUUAUGAUCAUUCUAUUGUCAUUAUGCCUCAUGUUUUUGACAUUAUUUGCAAAAUUAUGUUUUGGACUUAAUUACUAUUUUUAUUUUUGGC